UCAGGACCGAGAUUGGGAAACUAUGGGCUAAAGUAUGCUCACUAUGAGGACAUGAGACUACACAGGCUGUGUAUGUGUAGCCUACUGUGUAGGGGAAAUGAAUGUUGAAUGUUUAACUGUGCAUUCCCCCUCUUUUCGGUAAAAUGGCGCCUAGCUCUGACCUGCCUCCUCCCCUCUCUCUCCAUCUCUCCCCCUCUUUCCCCCUCUCUCCCUUUGCUCUCCCUCUCUCACUGGGUCAUAAAUCUGUUGUUGUUUAUGAAACUGUACAACAUAGCAAUACCAUUUUAAGAGGCUCCUCCCUUCCAACUGGUCGCCGCUGGUCACAUGGCAUGGAGCCGUGAACAUGAACUUUUUUAUAUAUAAUUUCCUUUUCCAGAAUAGAACCGCACUCAUUUAACAGCCUGUGUCUGUCACAUAAGCCUUUCUGUACUGUAAAAGCUUUUGCUCCUCAAUGUCAUUGUUUAUGUAUUUUCGUCGUGGGUAAUGCUGUUUUGCUUUUGAGUUUUGUUUUGUAUUAUGCAGUGUCAAGGAGCAGUGUCCCUCUCUGGUUUGGAUUAAUUACCGUCGUUCUUGUGACGGUUUGGCACAAUGGACGGAUUGAGUGCGAGCGCGUCUUUGCCUGACCCCGGGAGCUCGUGGAUUCGUCCAGGGACCCAACUGGCACAAUAGGGGAUCUUUCCCGGUCGCCUCGCGCCGUCCUCUUCUAGUAAUAUCCCCACGCAACAUUAGACCCGAACACCUCAGAUACGGCUGUAAGUGUUCCUUUACCGCUACAGCCGCUCCUCGCUCAGCAGAACGCCUCGCGAUGGACCCUGCACGCCGGACGCACAUGAGGAGACAGGCCCGGUCUCGAAAAUUCUGCCUAAAUAAAUCCCAUCCAUCCUACGGUCUUCACGAGAUCCUGCCCUGCCAUCGGUUCACCCGAGGAGGCCAUUGGCGGAGAGGCGUCACGUGACAAAGGGGUGCCAAUGUUAUUCUACAAGGGUGUCAAGACCCUGUCAGUUUCUGAAAUAAAUAUUGGGAAACGGCGAGAUGCAAAAGGCAACCUACUACGACAGCUCCGCAAUUUACAGUGGCUUCCCGUAUCAAAGCGCAAAUAGCUUCAGUUAUGACGCCAAUCAGGUCCAAUAUCCCCGGGCCUCUCAUGUGGAAAGUGAGUACCAUCGACCCGCCUGCUCCCUGCAGUCCCCAGACGGCUCGGUCGCACUGCAGAAGCCGGGGGAGAUAGCAGAGAGCUGCGAUAGGAGUACGGACAACCAGGCGGCGCAGCCACCCGUCCUCACCGACAGCAAUCAACCACAGGUCUCGGUGUCUGUCCCGCCACCCCAUCCCCAGUCACAGUCCCCCAGUUCUCUCAACCAGAACACAAGCAACGGCUUCAGUCAAGCCAACUCAAAUGGCUCGGUACAUGGCUCGCCUACCUCCACCACCCGGAAGCACAUCUUCCCAUGGAUGAAAGAGUCCCGUCAGAACCAGAAGCCUAAAACCAAUAGCUCCAGCUCAGUUGAGAGUUGCCCUGGAGACAAGAGCCCCCCGGGUGGGUCAGCCGCGUCGAAGAGAGCCCGGACGGCUUAUACCAGCGCACAACUUGUGGAACUGGAGAAGGAGUUCCACUUCAACCGUUACCUCUGCAGACCCCGCAGGGUCGAGAUGGCUAACCUGCUCAACCUCACGGAGAGGCAGAUUAAGAUCUGGUUCCAGAACCGCAGGAUGAAGUACAAAAAGGAUCAGAAAGGGUGCGGCAUGAUGCCCUCUCCCGGGGGACAGUCCCCUCGGAGCCCCCUCGGUCCAUCUCCCAGUAGCGGGGGUGGAGGAUACCUCAACUCUAUGCAUUCUCUGGUUAACAGUGUCCCCUAUGAGUCCCAGUCGCCAACGUCUUACAAUAAGCCCCCUCAUAAUGCAUACGGUAUGCCCACGUCAUAUCCCCCUCCCUUGAACAGCUCCCUAAACAGCUCCCUAAACAACUGCCCACCCUCUCAGAAGAGGUAUCCCGGGACUAGCGGCUCGCCCACGCCCGAGUAUGACGCGCAUCCUCUCCAAGGCAAUGGCGGCUAUGUGGCGCACUUGCAGCAGGGCAGCCCUGUAUAUGUAAGCGGAGGCUACAUCGAUUCGAUGCCCAACAACGGGGCUUCCGUUUUCGGCCUGACCCAUCUCUCGCACCCGCCGUCCACACACAUGGACUACAAUGGAGCAAUCACUAUGGGCAAUAGUCACCAUCACGGAGUGUGUGAUCCAAACCCGACGUACACAGACCUUAAUCCGCACUACUCUCAGGGAAGAAUUCAGGAAGCGCCCAAACUUACGCAUCUGUAGCCGGGAUGCACCCCGGAUCAGUCCCCUCCAGACCUACCAUCGCUUUGUUUCUUCUCUUCUUCAGUAGCUUCUUCCACCUUUUCUUUGUUUUAGGUUCUGUUUUUUAUAUAGUUGAAUGUGUGAAGUAGGAUAGGAAAGUAAUCACUCUUGCUUAAAAUGUUCUGUCUAUUUGCUAUGGCGUUAUUGUUCCACACAGACCUAUUAUCUGAUAUGACAAGCGCGGGGGCACAUAUGCAUAGACCUAUUUAAUCUUUAACUUGUUUCUAAAAACAAAAAUCAAACAGGGUAUAUGAUCAAAUAUUAUGGUAUUCUUUUGAAUGUGAAUUUUUUUAAUUUAUCCGCAGUUGAAUAUAUGUUUUUGUGUUAUUGUUUUGCAUUUUGUUGCACUUGUGGAAGGAUCCUUAUAGGAAUCAUGUGCAGGGUUUUUUGAGACACACACGCAAAGGAAGGUCUGGAAGCUCCAGCCUACGACCCAGCUUGUGUUCUGUUGGACUUUCAACAUUUUAUUUAUGUUUGUUCUGACGUAAUAUGGAGUUCAUUAGUAUUAUUUAACCACCCUGUGCUCUUUGUAUGUGGGGAGAUGGUUAUUGGAAACAGACCUUGGCUCUAGUUCUACCCCUUACCUGACGGCAGACACAGACUCUCAGCAGCACAUUAUAUGUUGGUGUUAUUUUUCUUCGAGGAGGUAUUUUAUUUCUUUACGAAUGUAAAUCACGCAAUCAUGCAAUAAGGUUGGAAGGAAGAACAGACAUUAUAAUUAGUAAAAAAACAAACAUUUUAUUUGAGAUAUUACCAAGUUUCUGUUUCAAUUUCAUACAUUCCAUGCUGCUCCAGUUCGAAUAAAUAAAUAAAUGAAUUUCAAUAUAAAUGUAUCUUUCAACCUUAAUUUCGAGGGAAUUUGAACAUAGAACACAAUGGCACAAAGUACAAUAAGGAAGGAAUAAUAAUAAUAAUAAUAAUAAACACCUUAAUAUCCCAUAAACAGACAUAUUUGUGAGGACGGAAAAAGCUGGUAGGACUUUAGAGGGUAUGCUAUUUCAUAAAAACAAAUGAAUCCCCAUUAUCUCAUAAUCUGUAAUAACAUUAAUAAUCUAUAACAUCGUAUUUAAUUUAUAGUGACAAUAAAUCACGAAAACAUUGUAGGCCUCUUGUUUUGUCUCCUCUAGGGCGAAGGCAACUCAGAAGCUCUUGGGGUGGCCUUGUUCCCGCUCCUAAUCCGCGUGGGCACAUCCAUAAUAAUAAAAGUGUCACGAGGAGCUUCUGCAGUAUCUGUUAGGAUAAAAUAGGUUAAAUGAGAAACCAUUAGGGGGGAAAAGUUUGUUGAUAGGCCUAUAGGCCUGCAUGUUUCAAAUGUAUUAUGGCGCUAUAGAAUGCAUAAAAUGGCCUGUUAAACUCAUAAUUAUAGCUAUUUACACAUGUAAAUUAUGUAAAUGAGACUUAAUGAAGGGGGUGUAAUACAGGACGUAUGAAUAUUUGACUUAUAUGCUAUCGCUGCACACAAUAACAAUUACAGAUGUUUAGAAGAAGCAAAAAGUAUUCAACAUAAUCUCAGCUGUUAAUAUUGUGCAAUUGUGUAAAAACAAGUAUGAACAUUAUAGUUUGUGUAUGUCUCUCUUAAGACUAGCUUUUGGGAAUGUGUACUUCAGUUUUCUUUGUUGUGGCACGCCCAAAUUGAAUUCACACAUGUCUGAAAAAGAAAGCACACGUAUUUUCUAUUGAAUUAAUUGGACUACAUUCAAGUUUUGAUUUUCAAACAUAAUUCAGAGAGCAUAUUGAUUAAUUAUAUAAAGCAGGUCAAUACAGACCAAUAAUGCAGAACACGAUGCAGCAUUCAAUGGCAUGCAUUGUGCACUCACUAUUUCACUACCAAUAAUCGAAGACACCAUUUUUACUGUAGUAGUAAAUUUAUAGUUUCCCCUCAAAUGCAUUUCAGGAUAAUUGAAAAGUUUUACAAAAGCUGUACUCGAAUUUAUUUCCUUUAGAAUGAUGACAAAAUGACUGAUAUUACAGGGCAAGGGCUCUAUGAUCCUGACAUAUGGUUAGCAGGGGAACCUAGAACAAUUGAACCAUGGUCUGUCAGCAUAGACUGAGCAGCUCUGGAUCCAAAACACACACACACACACACACACACACACACACACACAACAUUGAUUUCACUCAUAUGUAGGAGAUUUUAACGCACCAUAAAUAAGGGUUUGGGUUGAAAAAAUGAAUUUUUGUUCAUUGUAUUUCCAUCCGUGGGAAAGGGGUCCUAAAUCAUUCCCCCAGAAUCCCCCUGUAAAAAAAGUGUGUAGGUCGGAGUAGGGUUCACAGAAAGCCGCCACCCACUCCUUGCCUUGCAGACAAAGCCUAUAAGUAAUUCCCAAAAGCCAUCCGUCUCCUCCUCAGCAGCCCCGUCCUUUACAUACUCUCCUCACCUCCAACAAACCCAAAUGUUUGCUCCAACGAAAAUAUGGACGUUUUGUAAACACGAAAAAAUAAAUUCCAGAAAGAAAAAUGCAAUGGAGAUGUUGGUUGAGCCUACUCACCGUUUACGCGCAUUAUCGCCCAUCUGCUACAUUAUUCUUGUAUUUUUAAUGUCUUAAAACACACCUUAAACGACAGAAAAGCUGUGUCUGCAAACAUAAACGUGUUCUAAUCUGAGUGGCCAGUGUUUCUCGCCGCUUCCUGGCUGCAUUUGAUCCAGGGGAGAGUUAGAAGCCUUAAAUGUGUUCUGAGGGCACGGAGCUGUCAGACCUUUCGGCAAGUAAGAUUGAUCGCGCGCAGGCUUCCAGGUUUCUUUGUUUGGUAUAUAAGCAAUAAACUGAGCGAGGCCUACCACUUAUUUUCCUCCUCUCUCCAACUCACUAUUCCAGUUUUUUUCUGAAGAAUAAAACAUAGCUACUUCCUGGCUGUUUGACCAAAAACAUCCAAAAUGUGGCUUUCACAGAUUGUACUGGACGGGCACAUAACCAAACACUGUGGGAGCUGCUCAGUCGAUACACAUUUCCUUCUACAGAAUCUCCCUGCAAUGUAUUCGUUAAAACGACCUAUUCCAAUGGCAGGUUUGGUUUAUACUGUGCAAUAGCACAAAGGGGUAUUAGAAAUGUUUGGGGAAAAAUGUUUAAAUGUAAAGGAUCAUUUUCUCAAUUUUUGCCCUUGUCCAGCCACCACACCUAGGCUCAGACGCCUGCUGUGACCUCCCGUGUCAGGGGGAAAAGCCCAUGAGAAGCAGCAUGAAGAGCAGACUGGAUUUUCACCCUAAACGUAUUAUUUUUUAAAUAUCGGUCAACCUUACUUUAGUGAACCCGGUAGUACUAUGCAGAGUGACUUAUGCAGAGUACUGUAAGUGCUGACUUUUCUAGAGACGGAGAACGAGUAACGGUUCCCAAAGCAUUGCAGACUAAAGUGAAGCAGAACAUGAUUAGUAUGUAGAUGCACAAUUGGCUGGAUUUGACAUUUGAAAUCCUUGUUUAGCUUUUUUUUUGUAUUAGGUUGAUAUCAUUGUAUAACAUUCGAUUGCUAAUACAUACACCACUUGUAUAGUGUGUGUGUGUGUUUGUGUAGGCUAAUUGGGUAUUUGGGUGUUAUGCACAAUAUUUCACUUCUUCAUGUGUAAUAAAUGUAUUGCAUACAAGUGGG